AAUGAGCGCGGGCGGAGACGCGCGCGUUACAAGGCGCCAGUAGCAAAGAAGCAAAGAAGCAAAGAAGCAAAGAAGCAAAGAAAAGCCGUUCCUGAAACGAGACGGUUUUGUGGCGCGGAAGUGGUAGGGGAUUCGAAGAUUACACUCACUCGUUUGCAAGCCAAAAGAUCAGUUUGGUCUAACAUCGGUUUCGCGUCGCAUCUUUUUCGAGAUUCUAAACUGUACCUACCUACUUACGAAUGCCGUGUGCGAGUUCCGAUAAAAACACGUCCAAAGAAGAAUUGACGGAUGGGAGAAGAGAGCGUGAGAUUUCAAGAUCGCGUCGAGAAGAAAUUAUCGAAAUCUUAAAAAGAUCGGUGUCGAAAUUUUACUCUAUCCGAAGCAAAUUAUUAAAAUUAGUAUGCUUUUACAACGGACAUAGAGGAUUCAGUAAGAUCAAUUGACAGACAAGCAGUCAGUCGGUUAACGGAGAAAUCAAACCGGACAGAAGAAGUGGAAAAGAAGAUGAAGUAUAAGGUAAACGAUCCCGAGGACGAUGAAAGAAACAGCACGGAUAGGACCAAGAGAAACGCGACAAUGUUGUGGCAAUACGGUCACGGAGAGAAGAAGAAAUUGAGCGGAAAAGAGACGAGGUUGGCGAUGAUCGUUGGUUUGUUAACGGUUACGGUGAUCGCAUUGCUGGUAACGCUGACCUUACAAAUAGCUAUUUUCCGUAAAGAAGAAUACACAGAGGACAUGUGUCAAAGCGAUGAAUGCGUAAAGACAGCCGCUAGGAUAAUAGAGGCGAUCAACAGAUCCGUCGAUCCUUGCGAUGAUUUCUACAAGUUCGCUUGCGGUGGUUGGAUUUCGAAAAAUCCUAUACCGCAAAGCCAAACUUCGUGGGAUCAGUUGAGCCUUCUCAGGGAACGACUGUUAAACGAUUUGAGAAUACUUUUGGAGGAAUCGGACGAAGGCAAUCAUUUGAAAUCGAUCAAAUUAGCUCGAACUUUGUACAAAUCCUGUAUGGACACAGGUAAGAAACGAAAAGGUGCUUCUGUUCGUCCGAUCAGAGUAUUGAACGGGAUCGUUACAGCGAGCGUCGAAGCAUUGGGUCUAAAACCUAUCCACGAUGCGCUGACCAGUUUGGGUUUGCCGAAAGAUCCAGCUAUGCAAGACGAGAUCUCGUCAGAUUUCGAUCUUCCAAAAAUUGCUGGGACGGUGCAGCGAGUUUUGGGUUUGGAUCUUUUUCUAAACUUUUACGUCAGCGAGGAUCUUCGGGACACGAGGAAAAACAGAAUGAUGAUCGAACAAGUCUCUCCAGGAUUCAGCGAGCGUUAUCUUCUUGAUCCACAACGAUUCGAAUCGGAAUUAACCGAAUACAAGGAAUACGUAAAAUCUAUGAUGCAACUGGCUGGAGCAGGAAACAGGAGCCUCGAUUUUGCCGAGGAAAUUUUAGAGUUUAGCACAAAGAUCGCAAAGAUCAUGGCGACAGCGGAGGAAAGGCGUAGCGAUAAACAUUUGAUUCACGACGUGACGAUCAACGCGUUGCAACAACUUACAGACGAGCAAGUGCAACAGUGGAAUUGGACGCGCUACGUGAAAAGCGUGUUCAAUAACACGAAUGUGACGAUAGAUACCGAAGUGGAUCGCGUGCUGGUCAUGGAUCUAAGAUAUUUGCAACGAUUACCUGAACUACUAGCAAUCACUCGAACCGUUACGAUAGCGAGAUUCGUAUGGUGGAGCGUUUAUUCGACGGUCGCUCCAUUGACGUUGCAACGAUUUCGCGAUUUAGGUUUCCAAUUUUCACAAAAAGUUUUCGGCUUGAAAGAGAAGACACCCCGAUGGAAAGCGUGUACCGGAAGCGCGAAUGCAAAUUUCGGGAUGGCUCUCAGUUACGUUUACGCGCGUAAAUAUUUCAACGAACGAGCUCGCAAGAAGGCUCUGGAAAUGUUGUUGGAUGUGAAAGCUGCGUUUGAAGAGAUGCUCACCGAAUUAGAUUGGAUGGACGUUGAUACGAGAACUCGAGCACACAACAAGUUGAACGCGAUAAGACCGUUCGUAGGAAUUCCAGAAUGGAUCAACAACUCGACAAAGUUGGAGAAAUUUCACGAAGGGAUGGAGGUAAUACCGGAACGAUUGUUUGAUACGUUCUUGAAGCUGACCGACGUAGGAAUUAAGAAAAGUUUAAACAGUUUACGCGAAAAGCCGAAUAAAAAUCGCUGGAUAACAACUGGUACGACGGUGAAUGCGUUUUACAGUGCGAUUUUAAACUCUGUUACUUUUCCAGCGGGUAUUCUGCAUCCACCCUUCUAUGGAAAUGGAUUAGAGUGUAUCAACUACGGUGCCAUGGGUGCUAUAAUGGGCCACGAACUUACCCACGGAUUCGACGAUCAAGGUCGUAGAUACGACGAAAACGGAAAUAUUAAGCAAUGGUGGAGCGAUGAGACGUUGCAACAUUACCACCAGAAGGUUGAGUGUAUAAUUAAACAAUAUAGUAGUUAUCGUUUACCGGAGCUAGGCAAUAAUUUUACGGUGAACGGCUUUAAUACCCAAGGUGAAAACAUUGCCGAUAACGGUGGCAUACGAGAAGCUUUUAGAGCUUACCAAAGGCUUCAAAAGAGAAGUGAUAAUCGAUUAGUGGUUUUACCUGGUCUUGCCGGAUAUACUCAAGAACAGUUGUUCUUCGUCGGUUUUGCACAAGUAUGGUGCGGUAAUUAUACGAACGGCGCGUUAAAGUUGAAACUAACAGAAGGAGUCCACGCACCGAAUCAUUUUAGAGUGAUUGGAACUUUAUCGAAUAACCAAGAUUUCGCUAAAGCAUGGAAUUGUCCGACCGGAAGUCCAAUGAAUCCACCUGACAAGUGUAUUUUGUGGUAACUGAACAAGCAUCGUUCCCAGUGCACAUUGCACAUCCACCGCACAAAACGUUAAAAGACCAAAAUCAUUGUCUCAUUUCUGUACGCUCUGUAAUAUACAUAUACACAAUAAAACAUAUAUUGAUCGUAAA